AGCAGCACUCGGAGUAGAUCCACCUGGCGCUCACUUCGCCGCACCUGCAGCAGGCCACGCCCGCCGAUAAACCAGCUGUCAUCCGCAGUCUGUGGAGCAUCUACGACAACAUCAUUAUCGGCGAGAAGAUGCUGCGAGACACGCAGGACCGGCUGAGUUCGUUGCACGCCAAGAACAAGCCGCCAACGGAACCUGUGGCUGAGGAUAAAACUGAUUCGGAAGAAUCCACCUGUGAUUCGUCCAACAAUGAUGUCACCGAAUUGUUGACAGAUGUAAGCAGAGAAUCUGACAAGGAGCACACAGGUGAAGAAGAAGAGGACCGCGGUGACAAGAAGACUGUGAAGCAAAUACUGACACAGCUGCUGACCAACAACCAGCCCGCUGGCGUGAACCAGGGCGGGAUGAUCAUAACGAGUGGCGUGAUCCCGGUACUGGUGAAGGCGGGUGAGAUCGGGUCCGUGAUCGCGGCGACCCUGGCUUCCGUCACCUACCAGCUGACACUUAGCCAACAGAGGCACAGUACGCAGAGCGACGCUGAAGACACGGAGCAGACCUCCAGUAAGGAGAAGACGGAUUCGGACAAAACGAAGGCAAAGUGUAACAACGAACAUAUCGAAGUUCUACUUAAAGAUGGGUUGGUAUGCCGAGUGUACUACGCGCUGCAGUUCGACCGUCUGCGUCACGCCGUGCUGGCGCCUCUUGGCCCCGCCCCCGACCAGUGCUGCCACCCGCACACCGACAACGACGGUGCAGGCAAGAUGCUGUGCGACAUCGAGGAGGGCUUCAUCAGGUCGCUGGCGCAGUGCGUGCCGUGGGCAGCGCGAGGCGGCAAGUCGGGCUCCACCUUCUGCAAGACUAAGGACGACCGCUACGUGUUGAAAGAGAUGACGAAGCCGGAGUGGACGCAGUUCCUAGAGUUCGCGCCGCACUACUUCCACUACGUGAGCUCGUGCCGCGCGCGCGACCUCCCCUCCAUACUGGCGCGCAUAGUGGGCGUGUUCAGUGUUGGCGGUGCCGGCGUACUGGUGACGGAGCACGUAUGGUACGGCGAGCGGGAGCCCGACGCGCGCUUCGACCUCAAGGGAGCCUCGCGACAGAGACUGGCGCUGGGCGCCGCGCACCUGCCGCCGAGCGCCGCCGUGCUGGUGGACGACAACCUGCUGGCGCUACGCUGGGAGCGGCAGCUAUACGUGUCUUCUGGCGUGUGUGCGGGACUGUGGCGUGCCCUGGAGCGAGACACCACCUUCCUGGCGGAGCACCACGUGAUGGACUACUCACUGCUGCUGGGCACGCGUCGUCAAACACUCGUGCUGGGCAUCAUCGACUACAUCCGCACGUUCACGUGGGACAAGAAGCUGGAGCACCUGGUAAAGAAGAACCUGGGCUCGGGGCAACCCACCGUGGUGUCUCCGCACCAGUACCAGCGCCGGUUCUGUGCCGCCUGCCGCAAGUACUUCCUCGAGUGUCCCUCGCACUGGGAUCACCUCUACGAUGAAACCGACGCCUAGCCCUACGACACCGCAUGCUAAGGUUGCUGAUAAAAAUAUAUAUUAUCUAGUUCAAUUACAAUAUACGAUAUUGUAUAUUUUAAGUAUUAGUAGGUAUAAUUUGAGAGUGCAUGGCCAGCGAAACUUGUCAUCGCAUGUGAGAGUAUGGAAACUCAGGCCCAGAUCGGAUCCCUGCGAACACAUUCUCAAGUGUAACAUUCCAUUAAAGGUGUAGGUGCCAAGACGAGACGACGUUUUACGUAUGUUACAAACAGUUUGGAAUAUCUGGGAGAGAUUAGACAUUAAUCCUUGCAAAAAUAUUUAAAAAAUUAUAUAUGUAAACCACACCAUGGCACCGACCAGUUGCCAUCUCCUCUCUAUGAAUAAGUUUUACAUCAGGGCAUGUUAGUGACGAUAGGUUAUCUCGUAUACAGUCCAAUUGUCAUAUUUUAUAAAUUAGUUCCAAAUUUCGCUUCAACAAAGUAAUGAUCAAGUCUAACUCACGCCACGCCCCAUUUCCAAGUUUUGUGUAAUUUCCUAUUCCAUGGCUGUGGGUGUGAUGGUAACCUUGCCACUAACUCCUUACUCUGUGGGUUAUCAAAUUCACCUCUACAUCAACGCGUGAUAUCCAUCCUUAAGUUUCCACUACAAGCGAUUCGAUUCAUUCGCUAAGCGUCCACUUUUCUAAAAGGACGGCAACGCUCCUGUGAUUCCUCUGGUAUUUGCAGAGAGUUUGUGCGGCGGUGAUCACUUAACAUCACGUGAACCGUGUGCUCGUCCUCCUGUUCCAUAAAAAACGUGUAAUAUCUGAUUCUGUUCUUAAACAACAUUGAAACCACGUGCAGCAGUUCAUUCCCGCUUUAGAGCAUCGUCGUAACUCAUGUCCAUGUCAUAUCUUUAGAUCUUAAUGGAAGGAGGGUGUGUCUCACUAGAGAUAAUAUUUUUAAAUAAUUAAUUAAAAAUAAUUAUAUGAACCUAGGGCUCUGAAGAAUUUAUUAUUCUUUGAACAAAUAAUACUAGGUCACCAGAACCAGUGAUACAUUUAACAGCUACAGUUGUAUUUGCACACAGCGGGCAUUAAUGUUACAUUAGGUGACCAAAAUAUUUCCUUAAACCAGUGGCGGAUUUACCAGCAGGCUGAGUAGGCUGGAGCCUAGGGCGGCAAAUUUUAAGGAGCGGCAAAUUUAGAUCAUAAAUUGCUUAUUUCGAUUUACAAAUUGUAAAAAAAAUUAUACGAUUUUCGAAAAUUGGAGAGAAAUUAAAAUAUUUCACAAAAAUCGAAAUAUGGUCCUACAAACAAUCCUAAAUAAUAAAUAUCUCUACAUAAACAAUUGCUAAACGCUUUAUUAAUUAAAAUAAAAAUUUCUCGUUAAAUCCGAUAUGAGUCUAUCUAUGACAACGAGAAAUGUGUUAACCCUGAAAUAAUGUCGAAUCUUCAUAAUUAUGUGCGAGAAAGAGACGGAUAUGAUUUCAAGGACACGUUGACUGUACCAGAGGCUUUAUUAGAAAUACCUGCAAGUUUACCUAAUAGAGCAAAUAGAACAUCAA